UCGGCGUCUGUAUGGCAUAACACAAACAGCGAGUGCACUUCACUCUAGUUCCUGCGCCGCGCCAGUGCGUUUGUACUUGGGUGAAUAACCAUUGCGCUACGUUCUCUCGUCCAAGUCGUGUCGCUCCGAGUUGAACCGUUCAACGAUUCGUCAUUUUAUUAAGUAGACUGGAUUUUUGCUGACCCACCAUGGCUCUCGAUUUACAUCGAAAGUACAUCGAAAAGAAACAAGAUAGUGCACCGUUGGUGCCUAUUAAAGAUAUCGUCAACUCGAAAUACUAUCUAGAUCCGUUGGAACUAUUAGGGGAGCGCAAUUUCAAUGCACCCCGUGAAAUAAAUGAAUCCGAGGUAGGAACUCCCGUACAAGAGUUCUUCCGGGACGCUGUUGUGUUGAUCACUGGCGGUACUGGAUUUAUGGGCAAGGUGUUGAUAGAAAAGCUACUACGGACCUGUCCACACAUCAAACACGUGUACUUGUUAAUUAGAUCAAAGAAGGGCAAAAACGUGGAACAAAGACUGGAAGACAUAUUUGAAGACAGGUUGUUCAAACGGUUAAAACACGAAGUGCCCAAGUAUCACCAUAAAAUUUCUGGCAUAGCCGGUGACUGCGGUUUGCCAGGCCUAGGAUUGAGUGUCACCAGCCGGAAUACGUUAAUUAAUGAAGUUACUAUUGUUUUUCACGGUGCCGCCACUGUGCGGUUUGAUGAACAUAUUCGGGUAGCAAUGAGCAUUAACGUAUCGGGAACAAGGGAAAUGCUGAAUUUGUGUAGAAAGAUUACUAAUUUAAAGGUUUUGGCCCACGUUUCCACAGCUUUUGCAAAUUGCAAUCGACUGUUGGUAGAAGAGAAAUUCUACGAACCUAUUGCUAACUUUGAGGACGUCCUUGAACUAGUUUCUUCUAAAGACGACCAAACCCUUCAAGACAUGACCCCAGAUAUAAUCGGGAAUUUUCCGAAUACAUAUGCGUUCACUAAAUCCUUAGCGGAGGAUGUCAUUCGAAGAGAAGCCAAAGACCUUCCUAUGUUGGUAUUCAGACCCACUGUAGUUAUUGCAACAUACCGUGAACCAGUAAGGGGUUGGAUCGAUAACGUUUAUGGUCCUACUGGACUCAUAGUCGGAGUCGGCACAGGAGUUUUACACACAUAUUAUGGAGAUUCUAAAACUAUUACUGAUAUGGUUCCGGUUGACAUGGUUGUUAGUGCACUAAUUUGCUCUGCCAAAGAAGUGGCAACUGAAAAACCCAAAGAAAUACCGAUAUUCACAUGCUCAAGCGCUAGACAAAAGCCAGUUAGAUGGAUUGACUUCAUCGAGAUGAAUAGACGUCAUGGUAUUUACUGGCCGACUAUUCGAGCUAUUUGGUACUAUUCUUUCAUGCCUACCAAUAACAUAUACGUCUAUCUUUUGCUGAAAUUCAUGUGUCAUAUCAUACCUGGAUUUAUAUUGGACACCCUUGCCGUUCUAGCUGGUCAGAAGCCGAUUCUAUUGAAGAUUUACAAGAAGAUCGAUAAGGUGCGUGAUAUACUCGCAUACUUCUCCGACAAGGAAUGGACGUUCAUAAACGACCGGACUCUAAAAUUGUGGGAUACGCUCGAUUCGCAGGACAAGGAGCUGUUCAAUUUUGAUAUACAUCAGUUGUCCUGGGAGUACUUCAGUCAAGCGCACUGUCUCGGUUUAAGGGUUUAUCUGGUGAAAGAUGAUAUCCAUACGUUGCCUAGUGCCCGAAAGAGAUGGGAAAGGUUACACCUGGCGCACAAAGCAUUGAUGGCGGUCACCUACGGGGUUAUACUGUGGUUCGCUUGGACAAUACUCUCGUUUGUAUUCAGACUGUUUGUGUGAUAUAAUUUCUAGCUGUUUACCAUGAAUAAUAAUUAUUAUACAAUGAAUGACUGCUGCAUUAUACAUAUUUUGCUUAAGAAAUGUGAUUUUUAGCAAAUGUAAAAUAUUAUGUCUUAAAAAAAUUUUGAUGUUCAAUUCGGAGUUGCGUUGGGUUGUUACUCAAACAACAUAUCAAACAACAAUAUAACAACAGCAACGUUAUCAUAUUAUUGUUUGAUAUUAUAUUAGUAUUUCUAAUUUGUUUUGUCUUUUAUUUGUAUAAAUAAAUAGGUUCGUCAAUUCAAAUUGAAUCAUUACAAAAUAUUAAACCCAAUGGGUUUAAUUUAUGAAAUUUUAUAUUAUUUUAGUUUUGUAUUAUUAAUUAUUAAAUAUUAACCACGAAAGAAUUCUCGAAAUUUUUA